GGAGGGGUGGCUUUAACCCAAAUGACCGAUUACAUAACAUCCUAAAAGAUCACUACAUACAGACAACAGAAAAAUAAAUAAGUCCCAAAACAGCGAAUGAGUGAAUGAUACCAGUUCUCCCCAUGCUCCUUUUCUCUUCGUGGGAAUGAAGCUGAAAUCGCCAAAACCUCCAGUCCUGAGUGUAUUCAGGAUCAAUGAAAGAGAGAGAGUGGGAGAGAGAGACGGUGAGAGAGCAGAGAGGGGUGUCUGCGUGUGUAUUUUAAGACACAGCUGUUGAGCUACCCCAAGUACGUGCUCCAACCCAGAGAGACAAGCGGAGAGCAGAGAGGAGUACACCGUCCGUCUCUUCGCUCUGCGGACGCGUGUGUAAAACCCAUCAGCUCCCGGAUUUCCUUCCAACUUUCCUGUUUUUAGCUCGCUUAUCUCGUCCUUGUCGCAUUCCUCCGAGCGUUUGGAAUGACCACUUUUCCCGCCUGCGUCGUUUCCAUGUCAGCAUGGGAACUGCCGUGUCCAAAAGGAAGAAUCUGAGAAACGAUGCGAUAUCUUCUGUGGCAGCAAAAGUUAGAGCAGCGCGAGCAUUUGGAGAGUACCUGUCCCACACGCACCCUGAAAACCGAAACGGAUCAGCUCAUCUUUUGUGUGAAACCUUGGUGGGUCCUGAUCCAGAGUCGCCAAGAGACACGAUUGGACUCAACAACAACAACACUCACCUCCCUCCCUGCUCCUCUGCUAAAGGCCGUACGAACAAACCAGAUUCUAUCCUGGCAAAGGAAAAGCUGAGCCUAAUCCAGCCUGCUCACCCAUCCAUCACAGUUUCUACCAAGCCGACUUGUCUCUCGCUUGAACAUAGCUUCGCAGCAGAGGAGGACCAGAAGACGUCAUUUGAGUGCACCCGUGUGUACACCAUCUCUUCCCAGCACGGCAUGCUGAUGAACAGUGGCCAGGGCAGCAAAGAGAGCCUAGAACUGGACAUCCUGAAGGAGAAGUCGGGGAGCGGUGGGGUGGGGUCAAGAGGUGGCCCAAUCCAGCCCUCCACCUCCCCGUCCUCUGCCUCCUCAUCUCCAACCCAGUACAUCCGCUCGAGCAGCAGCCGAGGCAUCAGCAGUUGUAGCCACACUCACCACUGCAAUCACCACCACCACCAUACCCCCGUCUCUGGAAUAAACGCCUCGUCUAGCAGCGGUGGAAUCAGCGGGGCAAGCUGUAGCAGUAGUCACCAACAGCAGCAAGCGGGUGCAGGAUCCCACUCCCACCACCACGGCCAUCAUCACCAUCACCUAUCCCAGCCACCGCUACAGACCUCCGUCAGCGCGCACAAUAUCCGUAGCCUUGGUGAAGGCGCGAAAGGAGAAGCAGAGUGCAGCGGGCUUGCUUGCGACUCCUGCAGCGGCACCCCUUCACGUAGCCAGGGGUCACUGGACCUGGAAAGUACAUCCAGAGAGGCAGGCAAGCAGCACCGACGCCUAGAGCGGAUGUGGAGUGUGGACCGGGUGACUGGGCUGGAGAGAGAGGACACCAACUGGUUCCCCAAGGAAAACAUGUUCACCUUCCAAACAGCCACAACAACAAUACAAGCGAUAUCGAACUUCCGGAAGCAUCUUCGGAUGGUGGGAAGCAGAAGGAUUAAAGCGCAGACAUUCGCUGAGCGUAGAUCGAAGAGUUUCAGCCGUUCCUGGAGUGACCCCACCCCAGUCAAGACUGACUCCCCUCAUGAGGCUAAAGACAGUGGAGACCUGCAGGCUUCCACUAACGCCCUGGAGGACGGAGCCCUUGACGAUGCUCUAGACUGGGAGGAGGAGAAAGAGACGGAGAGGCUGGCCUGCGAAGGAGAUGACUUUGUUCCUCCCAAAAUUAUGUUGAUCUCUUCCAAGGUUCCAAAAGCAGAAUAUAUUCCCACCAUAAUCCGCAGGGAUGAUCCAUCUAUCAUCCCCAUCCUCUAUGAUCAUGAACAUGCAACUUUUGAUGACAUUUUGGAGGAAAUAGACAAGAAGCUCACAGCGUACAGGAGAGGAAGUAAAUUCUGGAGGAUGCUUAUCUUCUGUCAGGGAGGCCCUGGUCAUCUUUACCUUCUGAAGAACAAGGUGGCGACCUUUGCUAAAGUGGAAAAAGAAGAAGAUAUGAGCCAAUUUUGGAGAAGAUUGAGUCGCUUUAUGAGUAAACUCAACCCGGAGCCAAAUGUGAUCCACAUAAUGGGAUGCUAUGUUCUGGGAAACCCCAAUGGAGAAAAGCUGUUCCAGAAACUGAAGAAUCUGAUGAGGCCAUAUUCUGUUGAGUUUGAAUCACCGCUGGAGCUGUCUGCACAAGGCAAAGAAAUGAUCGAGAUGUACUUCGAUUUUCGCCUUUACCGCCUUUGGAAGACGCGCCAACACUCUAAACUCUUGGACUACGAGGACCUUUUGUGACAAAGACAUGCUGACAAAGAGUGCAGCGGUAGCCCAACAGUGCCAGGAGGACACUGUUAAAACUGAUGAUUCAGUGGCAGAACAUAUCUUAAUUGUCAAGUUGGGGCCGACAGCUUAAAAAAAUUAAAAGUCGUACUUGCUUGAAUGCUGGUGAAGGCUGGAAGUGGAGGAAAAGCAGCAGCAGGACAAUGUAGAACGACGGAGGGAAUGAGGAUAAAAUGAGGAUAAACCCCAACAAAGCUGAACUAUCCAUAUCAAACCUGUCAAAACCUUUUUUUUUCUUUAUCACUUGAGUUUCAAAAAUAUAAACUGAUGAUUAAAAGUGUAUACAUAUACAGUUUUUGUCACACUGUUGUUGCAAUGCCAUGCUUUCUGGGGGCAAUGUGCUUCAGAAGAAUUGCUGUAACUCAUCCUGUCUCAAUGUGGUUCUGUGUUUUGACCUCUCAGACUGCCCCCUGAGACACAUCGGUAACGUUAAAGUGUGUAUAGUUCACAUAAAUAUAUUAGUAUAGCCUUAGUCAUGCAAAUAAUACUCUAUAUUGGAUCAUCGUUUAUUUUUGAAGUGCAUUGUUGUGCAGUUUCAUAUGGAAAUACUUUGAAAUAACUCAGGUUUUUGCCAUGAAUUUAAUUAAUCUGUCUAUUCUAUGAUGACAUUGUAAUAUUCAACGCCAUUGCUUUGAAUGAAUGUAUUAUCUCUCCAGAUUUGUGGGAAUAUGAAUGUUUUGUGAGGGAUAAAAAGGUUUUGAGUGUGUUUUUCAUUUAAAGUAAGUGUGCAUUUUCUCUUAAAUCUCCUUUAAGCAAAAAGAAUAAUUGCCAGCAUUGCCAUAAAUAUCCCUUUGUCAUGUCUAUUCAAAAAGGAUGACAGUCCAGCGUGACUCAUGAUGUCAAAGGAUGUAACAGCCAUCCAAGGGCUCCUACAACUGAAGAGGAGUUUCCCUGAUGAUCAAACCUUGUUCUUUUGCAGCGGGAUCAGUCCUAACAAUAGAAGCAGCUCCUUUUUUUCUGCUAAAAAUACUCUUGCUGAACUUAGGAAGAGCCAAACGAGCCUCCAGCACCUCUAGCUUUAAAGACCAGAGUUUUCUGAAAUGGAGAAGUCUACCAGAGUAUGAUGCUGCGAGCAUUUAUAUGACCUCACUGAUGGGUGUCAACUUAUUUAAAAAGACCAGAAAUGUGCACUGUGAGACAAGUCGAACAAUUCCAGCUGUUUCAGACAGACUAACAAUGAUGUAAUCCACACAGAUGCAGUCAUACUUGCUAGUGCAUAGACCAAAAUACAUUUAGAGACAAAGUUAGAAGGGCACAGGUACCACAACCUAUUUAUAAUUCAGCUGGUGUGCUUGUCAUGAGCACAACUGCGAAUGGAAACAUAGUUCUGAUAUCCGCUGUGGCUCAGGGGGAAGAUUUCUGAGGGAAAUAACACAGAUGUCAUCUCAGCAAUGGCUUUAGACUUCAAAUUUAUUCGGAUUCGUUUGUCACAACACUGGUUGAGUGGACAUGUGUGAGAGCUUAUCGGCAGCAUGUAAAGAAUGAAAUUGCUGCCGUGUUCCAGAGCAGAAAGUAAAGGUCGAUUAAUUCAAGAUGGUAAAUUAGGAGUUAAACCAAUUAAAAGGCACCUAAAAUUUUAGAUGUUGGAGCGAUAUCAUCCAACACAAUAUAAAGGAAGCUGCC